AUUUUCUUUAUCUAACGCUAAAUCAUCUCCUCUUGAGUUGAAUCAUCCAGUUCCUCCGUUAACUCUUGGUGGUGGUAUUUCAUCAUAUCCCAUUCCAAUGGCCAUUAAUCAAGAUAAAAGUGAUCUAAACAAUCAUAAAAUUUCGGUUGGUCGUAAUCGAAAUGCUCGUAAGAAUCCUUACCCUCUUAGAGCACCUACUAUGAGUUCGCCAGGAAUAACUUUUAAAGUUGAUAUGUAUACACCAGUUUUAAAAGAUCCUCUGGCAAUUUUACGUAGUAAUGAGGAACCUAAAAGUAAUACUAGUAAUAAUUCAGAAUUUUUUGGUAUGUUAUCACCACCAGCAUCAGAACAAUGUGAAUCACAACCAUCCUCUCCACCGGCUGAAGAUACAAAUUUUAAAAUUCAAGAAACAAAUUCAUUACCAGUUCGUCAAUUAUUAUCAAGAAAACCUAAACGUCCUAAAAAUUCUCAAACUAAACGUUCAGGUACUUCAGCACCUCAACGUAAGAGAAAAGGAAAUAGUUUGGCUAGAGUAAUGGCAGAUCGAGGACUUUUAGAGUCAGUAUUUAAUGCAGAAAUUACUUCAAACGAUAUUAAAUCAGUUAGAAUACCACCACCACCUUCAAUGCAAUUUGACGAAUUAAUGACUAGUAUUAAUACACUUAACCUUGAUACUAGCAUUUUAGAAAAAAUGGCUCCAGAAAUUACUUGGAAAGGACAACCAUUAUCUAUAGCACAUUUACCUCAUUAUGAUGCUUUACAUCAUACAGAAGCACAUGUAGUAUCAGUUCUUCGUCUUACACCAGUUCAAUAUUUAACAGGAAAGCAUACACUUGUUUCAGCAGCUCAAAGAUAUGCUCAAAGAGCACUACCAUUCCGUAAGAGUGAUGCGCAAAAAUUACUUAGAAUCGAUGUAAACAAAGCCAGUAAACUUUGGGAAUUCUUUCAACAGGUUAAAUGGAUUUAA